AUGGCUUCUGGUGCCGAAAAUAAUCAGCCCAGAAACCAAGAACAACCUUCCGGCCUAAGUGACCAACCUUCUGCCGUAUCCAACUACCCCCCAUCAGGGGGUAACAACUACCCUCCAUCCGCCAUGAACUACCCUCAGCAACCCUACCCACCUCAGGGCUACGCUGGCUACGGCUAUAACCCUUACCCCCCUGCGGCCUACGCCCAGGACCCAGCUGUCGCCUAUUACGGUACGCAGCAAUAUGCAAAUGAAGGAGGCAACGCCUGCUUCCGUUGCAUCUGCCUCAUCAUGCUGCUAUCACUCAUGUUAACCAUCAUCGCAAGCAUCAUCUUCUUCUUCGUCGCCAAACCCGAUCAUACUAACUUCAAGGUAGAUAACUUCAGCGUCUCCAACUUCAACGUAAACACGGCAAACAAAGUCGUCACAGGACAAUGGGAUGCCAAGGUGGCUGUGGAAAGCGGCAGGGCGAGACUCAGAAUCGACAAGGUGGAGUCGAACCUGUACCAAAAGGACACCUGGCUAGCCCCCGGGUCAGACUGGACAUCGACCACCGGGUAUUGGGACGACUUCAGUUGGUCGAAUGCUAAUACCUUGAUGGAGUUCAAGUUCGACCUCAACAAUGCCACGGCGCCGGCAGAGGAUAUGCAAAAGGAGAUUAAAGAUUGGGGAGGCGUGACGUUCAAUUUGAGGUUGAGUUUGAAUUAUGUGGAGAGGUCGUCUGGGUUUUGGUGGCAUAUGAAAAAUGGGGUCAUGAAAAUUACGUGCAAAGAUUUGAAGAUUGGUUUAGCCGUCGGUACUAAUACUGGAACGCUUUCUGGUGAUAAAAAGGAUUGUGAAGUUUCCAGUUGA